GGCGUGGCCGCGGUGCGGGGGGCGUGGCCGCGGCGCGCAGGCGUUCUGGCUGCCGGUGCCUGCGGCUCGGGAUGGAGGACGGUAGGAGAUCACAUUUCAACGAUGACUCGUCUUUAAUAAAAAUAUUGACAUUGUCCUCAGCCGUCUCCUCUGAGAAAUACACACAGACACACUAGCAGCUGUGGAUUGACAAAAUGGAUAUACCAAAUCCUCCAACUUCCAAAUGUAUCACUUACUGGAAAAGAAAAGUAAAAUCUGAGUAUAUGCGACUUCGACAACUCAAACGGCUUCAGGCAAACAUGGGUGCGAAGGCUCUGUAUGUGGCAAACUUUGCAAAAGUUCAGGAGAAAACGCAGAUCCUCAACGAGGAGUGGAAGAAGCUGCGCGUGCAGCCCGUCCAGUCCAUGAAGCCCGUGAGCGGCCAUCCUUUCCUCAGAAAGUGCACCAUAGAGAGCAUUUUCCCGGGCUUUGCGAGCCAGCAUAUGCUAAUGCGGUCUCUGAACACAGUGGCGCUGGUCCCCAUCAUGUAUUCCUGGUCCCCUCUGCAGCAGAACUUUAUGGUAGAAGACGAGACCGUGUUAUGCAACAUUCCCUACAUGGGCGACGAAGUGAAGGAGGAAGACGAGACGUUCAUAGAAGAGCUGAUCAAUAACUACGAUGGGAAAGUCCAUGGUGAAGAAGAGAUGAUCCCUGGAUCUGUCCUGAUUAGUGAUGCUGUUUUCCUGGAGCUGGUGGACGCCCUGAAUCAGUACUCAGACGAGGAGGAGGACAGCCACAACGAUGCCUCGGACGGGAAGCAGGAUGACGGCAAGGAGGACCUGCCUGUCACAAGGAAGCGCAAGCGCCACGCUAUGGAAGGCACCAAGAAGAGCGCCAAGAAGCAGUUCCCCAACGACAUGAUCUUCAGUGCCAUUGCCUCCAUGUUCCCCGAGAAUGGAGUCCCGGACGACAUGAAGGAGAGGUACCGAGAGCUGACCGAGAUGUCAGACCCCAACGCGCUGCCCCCUCAGUGCACGCCCAACAUCGAUGGUCCCAACGCCAAGUCCGUGCAGCGGGAGCAGUCCCUGCACUCCUUCCACACGCUCUUCUGUCGCCGCUGCUUUAAAUACGACUGCUUCCUUCACCCUUUUCAUGCCACCCCAAAUGUGUAUAAACGUAAGAACAAAGAAAUCAAGAUUGAACCGGAACCGUGUGGCACAGACUGCUUCCUCUUGCUGGAAGGAGCCAAGGAAUACGCCAUGCUGCACAACCCGCGCUCCAAGUGCUCCGGCCGGCGCCGGCGCCGGCACCAUGUGGUCAGCGCUUCCUGCGCCAACACUUCCGCCUCCACUGUGGCCGAGACUAAAGAAGGGGACAGUGACAGGGACACGGGCAACGACUGGGCCUCCAGUUCUUCAGAGGCCAACUCGCGCUGUCAGACGCCCACCAAGCAGAAAGCCAGCCCCGCACCAGCCCAGCUCUGUGUGGUCGAGGCGCCCUCGGAGCCCGUGGAGUGGACUGGCGCCGAAGAGUCCCUCUUCCGUGUCUUCCAUGGCACGUAUUUCAACAACUUCUGCUCCAUAGCCAGGCUCCUGGGCACCAAGACAUGCAAACAGGUCUUCCAGUUCGCGGUGAAAGAGUCACUUAUCCUGAAGCUGCCGACAGAUGAGCUCAUGAACCCCUCGCAGAAGAAGAAGAGGAAGCACAGACUGUGGGCUGCGCACUGCAGGAAAAUCCAGCUCAAGAAGGAUAACUCUUCCACGCAAGUGUACAACUACCAGCCGUGUGACCACCCAGACCGCCCCUGUGACAGCACCUGCCCCUGCAUCAUGACACAGAAUUUCUGUGAAAAGUUCUGCCAGUGCAACCCAGACUGUCAGAAUCGUUUCCCUGGCUGCCGCUGUAAAACUCAAUGCAAUACCAAACAGUGCCCCUGCUACCUGGCUGUGCGCGAAUGUGACCCCGACCUGUGCCUCACCUGUGGGGCUUCGGAGCACUGGGACUGCAAGGUGGUCUCCUGCAAGAACUGCAGCAUCCAGCGGGGCCUCAAGAAGCACCUGCUGCUAGCCCCUUCAGAUGUGGCCGGAUGGGGCACCUUCAUUAAGGAGUCUGUGCAGAAGAACGAGUUCAUUUCUGAGUAUUGUGGCGAGCUCAUUUCUCAGGACGAGGCCGAUCGCCGAGGGAAGGUCUACGACAAGUACAUGUCCAGCUUCCUCUUCAACCUCAACAAUGAUUUUGUAGUGGAUGCUACCCGGAAAGGAAACAAGAUUCGUUUUGCAAACCAUUCCGUGAACCCCAACUGUUAUGCCAAAGUGGUCAUGGUGAACGGGGAUCAUCGCAUUGGGAUCUUCGCCAAGAGAGCCAUUCAAGCCGGGGAAGAGCUCUUCUUCGACUACAGGUACAGCCAGGCCGACGCCCUCAAGUACGUGGGGAUAGAGCGGGAAACCGAUGUCCUUUAGCUCCUCGGCCCCAACCCCACACCAGCCCCGUGGUGGCUGCACCAUCUUUGCUUCCAUGCACACUAGUGCCGCGUCUGUCCUUGUAUCCUCUGUUUUCCACAUCAACAAAUCACCUGCCUGUUCCCCAUAACGCAAGGCCUCAGCUGCAUCCUGGGGGGGAUCCCACUUCUCAGUGAAAGGGGAGACUGUGGCAGCAUAGAGCUGCAGAAGAGGCAGGCUGCGGGGUUGCACAGGUCAGUCCCUGGCUGCGCGCCUACAGGCAACGACCCCAAGUAGAGCGUUCCUUGGCCGGGGCCCUGGUGUGAAGGAGGCGCCAGGCACAGCUCUGAGGCCCAAAGCCUGGAGUGAACAGGCCGAGUUAUAUCCAGGGCUGGGGCCAACACACAUUAGAGGAGGGCCUGGCAGGCAGCACAGACCAAGCCAGAGGGAGAUAGGUCCCCAGCCGCUGCUACCUCCUCCCUCUGGCAAUCUCUGCCCGACCCCUGGGGUGGAGUCAAAGCCAGGUUCAAUACUAGGGGAGGCAAGUGAGAGCGAGCCAUCUUCCC